AUGAGGGGAACCAAAUUAUCUGAGCAGAAAAUUAUCACAAGCAAGCUUGUGAGAAAUCCGUGCUUUCCGGGCGUGACACCCAGAGUUGUUCGGAUUUCCGUGGCUGACGACUAUGCUACUGAUUCUUCCAGCGAUGAAGACGAGAGAGAAGGACGUUUUUCUCGCACGGUGAAGAAGUUCGUCCAUGAGAUCAGAAUGGAAGAUUUCUCCAGUUUCAUAUCUCACAGGGAAGUUAACGGUGAUUCCAGGUCCAUUUUGAAGCAGAAGAACAGGGAAAGGCGACCUGCAAUGGCCAGAAGUAAACAGAGCCUCCCCAACGGGAAGAAGUUUCGCGGCGUCCGGCAGCGGCUGUGGGGGCGCUGGGCGGCGGAGAUCCGAGACCCGUUUUUGCGAGCUCGGAAGUGGCUCGGCACUUUUGACACGGCGGAGGAAGCGGCUUUGGUGUACGACAUAGAAGCCAUUCGUCUUAGAGGAGCCGAUGCUCUGACUAAUUUAAUUAAGCCGCCAGAGAAACAUCAACCUAUAGUGCUUCCAUUAAGCAAUCACGAAUCCCAAGGACCAGUGAGAAGUCCUCUGAAGAAGAAGAGCAAGUCGUGGGAAAAUGAGUGUGUCUACGAUUCAAGCAAAGAGUCUCGCGAUUUAUUAUCGUCUUCGUCUUCCUCGCCGACUUCGGUUCUUAGAUACAGUGGGGGAGGGUCCUGUGACCCAGCAGGGUGGGCCGGCAUCGAGGAAUCCAGAGAAGAAGAAGAAAAGUUCUUUUUCCCAGAUUCAUCAUCAGAAUUUGCAUCCAGUUGUUACUCGGACUACGAAACCCCUCUUAGUCCCCUGUUGUUUCUUGAAUCCGGUGCGCCUCAACUGAUAUCUAGCGAGAUUUUAAGGGACAUUCCAUUUCAACUUGAUGAUGAUUUUGAAUCUUCCAAGUGGGUCGUUGAUAAUUACUUUCAGGAUCCUUUGCCUCUGAAAUGA